GUUAAGUUAAAAUGAGAUUUUAACCCAAGCGAAGUAAGGAAAUUUGUCUUGAGUAAAAGACUAAAAGUUUCACAAGCAAAGUGAGGGGAAAGUGUCUUCACAAGCGAAUUCAGGGAAAGUGUCUUCACAAUCCGGGGCUCUGACGCCGGAGUUUCACUUCUUUCGGUUUGAUUUAGGCGAGCCACCGUCAUUCUCCGUCCUUUUUUCUUACGGCUUUCUUAGAGGUUUGAAGUACAAUAUUGGCCUUUUGCUCAUUGGUCAUGGAACAAGGAGAGGCAGUCACUUCUCACAUAGAACCUGUACAAACUAAUGCCACGCCUAGGAGACCCAGGAUUCUUCUUGCUGCUAGUGGAAGUGUUGCUGCCAUCAAGUUUGGAAAUCUCUGUAAUUGCUUUUCUGAAUGGGCUGAGGUAAAAGCAGUGGCCACUAAAUCUGCCUUGCAUUUUAUUGACAACACGACAAUUCCAGAGGAUGUUGUUCUGUACACAGAUGAGGAUGAAUGGUCUAGUUGGAGUAAAAUAGGUGACAAUGUUCUGCACAUUGAGCUACGGAGGUGGGCUGAUAUUAUGAUAAUUGCUCCUCUUUCAGCAAAUACUCUCGGCAAGAUUGCUGGAGGAUUAUGUGACAAUCUUCUCACAUGCAUCGUCCGGGCAUGGGACUACAACAAGCCCUUAUUUAUAGCCCCAGCUAUGAACACCUUCAUGUGGAAUAACCCAUUCACAGAGAAGCAUCUUUUGUCAAUCGAUGAGCUCGGUAUUACUUUGAUUCCUCCGGUCACCAAGAAGCUGGCUUGCGGUGAUUUUGGAAAUGGCGCUAUGGCUGAACCAUCCCUCAUUUACAAAACCAUACGGUUGUUUUUGGAGUCACAACCGCUGCCUGCUGGCUCAAAUGCGUAGCAUGUGUGUCUUAGUUAGGUGUUGUUUCUUCUGGUGAAUGUAUAUUAUGUCCAAAUGCCGAGAUUUAUAAUUCUCUUGUAUAUUGUGUGUGGUUUUGUUGUGGAAGUGUUUGAUAUAUUCACUUUGUAUGUUGUAUUUAAUUAUUAAACACCAAGUUGUAGAGCUUAUGUUGGCUGAUUUAGUGAUGAUUUUUUUUUCCUAGUUGAAGAUGUCGUAGCUCAAAUAGUAAUGUUCAAACUUCAAAGCGUUGUAAUUUGCAAGUUUUGUGUUGAACAAGCUGUAGUUCUUGGUUCCUUAAGAUUAGUUAUCUCUUG